GUUAGAGCAGAAACGCUCUUUCUCACUCUCACCAGAGUGUCUGCAGCCACACGACCUCGACUCUCUUUUCAGACGCCUUGCAGCCCAGAGCUUCACCAUGCAAGCCAGAACUCUCCUGCUAUUCUCUGUCCUGCUCAGCGUGGCUCUCGCCCAGAUUGCAGGGUUUGGCGGGGCACGUUGCCUCUGCCGUCGUGUCCGGGACAAGACUGGACCCCCCAAAAACAUCCUGGACAUUCAGAUUUACCCCCCAUCCAACACCUGUGACAGCAUGGAGGUUGUGGUUAGCCUGAAGAAUGGGCUGCAGUACUGUUUGGAUCCACGCCUGCAGAAGGUGCAAGAUAUGAUCACCAACCUGAAGAGCAUGAAGGCCCAGCUCAGAGGGACCAGCACUCCUGAACCGUAGGCUAGCUGUCUCUGCCGGUGCGUUCUGUGUGUUCAUUCCUGGAUCUGCAUCCAAACAGCCUUUUAAACUAUUCAACUGUAUUCAAGACAAAACUUCACCAGCUAUGAAUCGCUAUUUCAAUGCACUUUUAGAUUAUUAUCUUUUUUCUUUUUUUACAUAUUUCUCUAUUUUUUUACUUUAUGUUGCCUUAAUAGUAGUUGCCUUCAUAUUCUUAGUUGUGUCGUACUUUGAGCGGAAUACAUGUAUACGUAGAUGGUAACCAUGUCAUUGAAUCAACAACUGUAUGUAAACUCUUCUUAAAUGGCAGCUGAGAAUGUCACACAAUAAAAAAUUUUAUAAAUAAAACAUUUUAAGUAAA